AUGGAAGCUCUCUCACAACAUGCAAAUAUCAAGCCAGUUAUUACUUCUACAGUGUGGAAGGAGCUAGAGAAGGAGAACACGGAGUUUUUCGAAGCGUACGCAAAGAGAAGAGAAGAAAAGAGAAGGACAACUGCAUCUGAAACAUCGUCAUCGAGCGAGACAAGUCAAAGAAUCCCUAAUGUACUCUUGGAUUCAUCUAAAAAAUAUGGCAAUAAAUGA